AUGCCAGCUCCAGCAGGCACAAAGCGCGUUCGGGGAACUCAAAUAUAUCGGCCUUUUGUGUUUGGCAGCGAAGCCUACCCUUUUGACCCUAACAAACGGCCCGAGGGCGCAGCGGAAGACCACACUCACCAAUGGCGUGUAUUCGUCAGAGGCAUAAAUGGCGAAGACAUAUCCUACUGGCUUAAAAAAGUCCAAUUUAAACUGCAUGAAACCUACGCGCAGUGUGUCCGAACAAUAGAAGCCCCACCCUUUGAAGUCACAGAAACGGGAUGGGGAGAAUUCGAAAUUCAGAUUAAAUUGUACUUUGUCCCGGAGUCGAUGGAGAAGCCACAAACGUUAUGGCACAGCCUGAAAUUACAUCCGUAUGGCGCAGAUAUUGAAGGGAAGAAGGCCAGGAGGGACCCCGUUAUCAGUCAAAACUAUGAGGAGGUGCUGUUUAACGAGCCAGUUGAACAAUUCUACGACUUGCUUACAGGGGGGACGGGCUUUGCGCAACAACAGGCAAAGGGGAAGUCUACUAAAGGGAAGCAGGCCCUGCAACACUCGGCUGCAGCGGGCGGUCGAACGGCCGAGAUACCUCACUCCGAUAGCCCCAAGAACCCGUAUAGUCAAAAGACCGAAUCAAAAGAACUUGACAGAAUAACGGAGGCAACCAAAGUGGUUGAAAGAAUUCUAAAGGAGGAAAAGGCAAAGCUGCUGGAGAGGGAACGCGUACUUGCAGGCCUGAAGGAAACUGAAGGUACCAGCCUUCUUCAAAAGAAGAGAUAG